CUUCUUAAACAUUUGUCCCUCGAUUCUAUUGGAUGACGAUGGAGGAGGAAGAGGUGGUGGAAGGUGUGAUCAGUUCCGAGCACUACAGCAGCGGAUCGUGCCAGUCUGGUUGGACUGCCUACUUAGACCACCAGUCUUGGCCAUGCCACCACUCUCUUCUUCUCUGCGACAAAAACUCUGUUUCUUCUUCUUCUUCUUUUUUCUCCUUCUUCUGCAGUCAUGUUCAUCCUCGACAGGAACAGGAACAGGAACAGGAGGAGGACAUGUCCAUGGUGUCUGAUGCAUCCUCCAGACCACCUCAAUUGCAUCGAGCAAUACACAGGCAUGAUGAUGAUGGCAGGAAGAGGAGGGCUGAGGCAGACCGACAAAAGGGCUGCUCCAGCUCCCUUUUGGAGGACACUGCUAGCUCUCAGCUUAAGAGGAAGAAAAUGAGGUACCUUGAGUCCUUCCCUGCCAUGAAGCCGACUGCUAGACCAGCAGUAGGUGUCGAGGAAGGAGGAGAAGAGGAAGAACUGAUGGAUGAUCUGUGAAGAGCUCAUUUGCCCUGCCACUGUUGUAGUAACCAAUU